GCGAAUAUGAGUGAAAAGCGCAGCCGUUGCAUGGACAGUGGGCAGACGUAACAAGGAAGCACAAGUGGUGGAUGUAACGUCGCGUCCGGCCGGUCCAAACGAGACAAGUGGAAAACGAGCCCUAAAAUAAUCGAAGCUUGCAGGAGUUGUGAGAAAACGACAUCAUGACUGACAGAAAGGCCGUAAUCAAGAAUGCUGACAUGACCGAGGACAUGCAGCAGGAUGCCGUGGAUUGUGCUACACAGGCCAUGGAGAAGUACAACAUCGAGAAGGACAUCGCUGCCUACAUCAAAAAGGAGUUUGACAAGAAGUACAACCCCACGUGGCACUGCAUCGUGGGACGAAACUUCGGCAGCUACGUGACGCACGAAACGAAGCACUUCAUCUACUUCUAUCUCGGUCAAGUUGCCAUCCUGCUUUUCAAGUCAGGCUGAGAAAGGCUUUCUACCUUUUUUUUUGGGGGGGAUUUUUUUUUUUCCCCCCACUAUUUCUUUUUUUUUUUUUUCCCAUCGCACAAAUUCUGAGCUCAAGCUCCAAACCUGGACUGUGAUGCACUGAUGAUUGAUGCCACAUCUCACACACACACACACACACACACACACACACACACACACACACACACACACACACACAUGCACACACACACACACGCAAAACACCAUAUUCCUGCUCACCAUGAGAAAAUGGCUAUGGAGGCUGUGCAUAAGUGCAUGGACCGUGUACAAUAUUUAAUUUGUAUAUGUGGCUUUUCUGUAGUUGCUCUUGAGUUAAAGCAACUUUUUUUGCUGAGUAUUUUUGCAAAGUAAGAUUUUGUUUUGCACUAAAGUUGUAUAAACUGCUUUGACUGCUGCCUUUAAGUAAUAUUAAAGUAUAACACACCA